ACCAAGUGAUCGAUGAAUGAUGAAAAUAAUAGCGUGACUUUACGUACGUCUGUGUGUGGGAGAUUUCGCUGGUCGAAAUUGCUACUGAUUUGCUCAGUUUUCCCGAUGAUUGUUUGACCAAUGGAUAACACUAGCACCAUGGAGGAAGUAGCCGAACAAAAGCAGCCAGAGGACAAUAAAGAGAAGCUCUUCUGUAUCUGCAAGACACCCGAUGAUGGAGGGUUUUAUCUUGGUUGCGACAGCUGCCAGGGGUGGUUUCAUCCCACCUGCGUGGGCAUGUCUGAGGAGGAUAUCAAGAAGGAUGAGACAUGGCACUGCAGUCGAUGUAAAGCUGCAAAUACCACAGCCUCAACAGAGAAAGGGGACAAUGAACAUGAGUGGCCCACUGGACCUUUCAUCAUUCCUGUCUCAGAGCAGGCAAAUGAGACUACCAAAGAAACUCAAGAACUGCCAGACCUGCCAGAGCUGGCCGGCGACCUCACCGGCGAUCUGAAUCUCCAGGGCCAAAUGCAAGGGGAGGAUGAGCUGCAGCAGGGAGAGGAGAUGGAGACAGAAGAAGGGCUGGCACCAGAGGGCAAUGAGGAAGGAAUGACCAGAAGGUCCCGAAGGGAACGCUGUGCAUGCCCAAACUGUGUUCUGGACAGAAAAAGGCGAGAUAUCACCAUCGGUCCCAGGGAGCACAUCUGCCAUGUGCCCAACUGCGGUCAGAUCUUUGAUACGACGUCCAAACUCAAGCAGCAUCUACGGACCCACCCAGGCCAGCUGCAGUAUGCCUGCGACUGGCCGCUGUGUGGAAGCAGCUUCAGACGAUCUGAUGAACUCCACAGGCAUUACAGGACCCACACAGAGAGACGUCGCAAACCCAGGGCUGCAGCUGCUGCUGCCCCAGCAGCCACAACUGCUAAGAAAGUGACUGGGGAAUUACCGCACAUCUGUGAUUGGCCACUCUGUGGGCGUGGCUUCAGAAGGGCAGACAAACUCCAGAGACACUACCGGACACACACAGGCGAGAGGAAGUACCAGUGCACGAUAUGCAUGAAGAGAUUUCUGCGGAGCGACCACUUGUCCAAGCAUAUCAAGACACACAACAACAAAAAGGCCAAAGGAAGACGGAAAAGUGGAUCACAAUCCCAGCCAGAUGUCGAGGAGGAUGGUACAUUGGCUGCCACUGGAGAAGCUUCAGGGAAAGUUGAGUGCAACAAGCACUCUGCAGGCAACCAAGGCCAGGCGUUUCAAAAGAAGACAGCCGGGCAGAAGAGACUACAAAGACAACCCUGCAGCUGCCCCAACUGCGUGCUGGAAGGCAAAGAGAGGAAGCCGGGUGACCCCGCGGCGCCCAUCGGACCCAAGAAGCAUCUGUGUCAUGUUGAAGGCUGCGGCAAGGCCUUCGCCAAGACCUCCCACCUCAAGGCUCACAUUAGGGGCCAUACAGGGGAGAAACCUUACAUCUGUAACUGGACUGGAUGUGAACGACGCUUCACACGGUCUGAUGAGCUACAGAGACACUCCAGGACACACACAGGUGAGAAGCGUUUCCAGUGCCCUGAAUGCCCAAUGAGCUUCAUGCGCAGCGACCACCUGUCCAAGCAUGUCCGAACCCACGAUAACAAGAAGAUCCGGGAGCUGAGCCAGCUAGAGCGUGGUGAGAAGCGCUACCCGUGCCCGGACUGCGACAAACGAUUCUGGCGCAAGGACCACCUCAAGAAACACUCCAACGUCCACACUAAGCAAGAGGGUGAGGAAGAGGGUGGGGUACAAGCCAAGAUUGAAAUCAUCAACUCCGCCCCGUCUGCCUCUGCGAAUGACACAGCGCCCUCUAUGGUCACGAUGGACAAUACCGCUCAAGUUAUGCCAACGCCAGUUGUGCCGAUGCCAGUGGGCGUUCCUGAUCCAAACCUCCUUCAGAAUCUUGAUCUUACCCCAAAAACCUAGAGGUUGCUGUUUGUUCCUUUGUGGCGCAAUUAACUCCAGAAAAAUUAUUAAAUUUGUACAGAUUCACUGAAUAUUAGUAUUUUAAAUUUGACAACACAAGUGCGCUUUGAAUUCAGCUUCUUCUUUUUUACCAUGAACCAAUUUUAAAGAUUUGCAAUUUAUAUUGUUUGUCCUCUAGGAGAUUCAAGAUUAGGGCUUCCCUGACAGGCAUUAAAAACAAUCAGUUAUUCAGUAAACUUUAAAUAUACCAAUGUCAAAAAUAGCAUGCCUUGUCAAAGACAGCAUGUAUUUCCAUUUUUGCCGGAGCCUUCACAUUAAAAAAAAAGCUGUUCCAAGCCCUGACAUUUUUGAAUGUUGAAUGUAUGCUAUUACAAAUAUUGGACAUAAAGGAGUAUUUGAAAAUCUCUUCUUUUGCUUUUUAAAGUAAUUUUUUCCUUCAAAUACUGUUAUGUAUUUCUGUUAAUAGCUUUAUUUUGUAAUGUUUUGACAUGCAUCUUUGUUUCAAUUUGUGUGAACUGCUCAUAGUGUAGUCAUAGUGGAAUUUUAGUAAAAACCUUUUGGUAGUUUUUUGCUUUUUAAAUUUUGUAUAUAGAAAAUGAAAAAUACCGACAGCAGAAAAUGUAUAACCACAACAGUUGAUGCAUAAUUAGACUAGAUACCUGCCCUUGACAAUUCAAUGAGACAAACUCAUUUUGAAAAACUUCAUCAAUUUCAUAGACUCGUUUAAUUAUACACUCCCACUAUUACGCAAGUAUUAGCUGGUAGCCGUACUUAUAUUACAGAAUAAUAUGCAUUACUGGGUAAAGCACUACCAGCCAAUUGACCUAUGUAGGUCAUGUCAAUCUCUGUUUUGAUUGGCUAGUGCCACACAGUACAAACAUGUCUGUUAAAAAAAGACACAUUUAGCAGAUAUUAGAAAGGGCGUGUGUCAUUGCAGGUACAAUCACAUCAUUUUGUUGCUGUUGCUGUUACAAUUAAUACAAGUUGUUUCUUGUCUCCAGAAAUAAAAAAAAACAUGGAACACUCCAACUUCACCAACAUGUGUCUCUGGCUAGUCAGUAAUUGACAAAUAUUAGGUUUUGAAACAAUUUUUUUUCCCAUUAACAAUUUUCAUGAUCAUUACUCUCUUGUUUUCACUGAUGUACUUGGGCAUUACAACUAAGUUAUGAAAUGUAUCUUAUUUUUUUUUUACUGCUGAUAGUGUAUCAUGCUCAGUUUUUAAAAUGGUAAAAUGAAUUGGCAUGAUUACAAUGCUGUUUUAUAAGAUUAUUACUUAUGUUUGUAUGAAGUGCUUUUCCAGUGAUGAAAUCUGGGCUCAAAUCGUGUGAUGUCCCCAUGGGGUGGGGAAAGGGCAUGUCUCUCUGGGGUGGGGAAGAAGACACUCCCCUGGGGUGGAGGGACAAAGCUUGCCAACAUCUUUGGCCUUAAAAAGUAGAGAUUCAGGCAAGUUUUCUUUCCAAUAAAGCCAGUUACUGUAGGAUCACUUGUAAUUACCCGGAAAAGUACCUAUGGAUUUAAUGCACAAACCUUGUUCAAAGUGAAGAUAGGACUGGUAUCAAAUAAUUCCACCGGAAAUGGUGUCGUUUGGAAGAAAACUUAACAAUGAAGGUGGUUUUAAAAUAGGGUGCCUGCAAGUCCACUCUUUUUAACGUGCAUUAGCAAUGAAACCCAUUCACAAGACCCAAAACAUUGUGCGUACCCUCCAUUUUCUCAAACUGUAUAGUAUCCUGUUAGCUGAAACCUUAACAGGUUUAAGAUUUUGAGCAAUUUUGUUGCUUUAAACAAAAAAACUGCACUAAGAGCAAAUGUUCCUUCAGACAUGAACGAAGUAACAGAAGGUGCCAACACUGGCAUGUGUUCUAUCCCUACUUUCCCAGUACACAAUAAGUGCAUUUUACAGUCAUCAAAUCAUACGAUUGGCAUCUUAUUCAACAUGAAAGGCUAACCUCAGAAAAUAGGACGCCAUUGCUCAGUUGAUUUGUACAUUAAUUUCCGGGGGCCAAAAUGUUCAUAUCUGGUGUACAUGUAAGUAGUGUUUAUUAUUCUGCAGUGUUCUGUAAAGUUACUUUUAGUUUUUUAUUUUACUUGGCACCGUGCUGAUUUUUACUGCCUUGUUAAUCUGAAUCUCAUUCUGUAUGCACAAUGUUCAUGUUUGAGUUGGCUCUGUAUUGCUUACUGUAAAGUGUAUCGUGUUUUUUUUUUGUAUUCCUACACUCACAAGUUUGCUCAUCGGCCGAUUUAAAACACUGAAUUUUGUUUCACAAAAAAGGCUUUAAUUCUCAGCAUAUAUUUUAGUGUUUAAAUCAACAUUUCAUUGUGUACAAAUAAUAAAUUAAUCCGUUUUUAUUUGUACUGUAUAUACUUAAUACACUGUACAAAGUUGUGGUAUUUGGUCAGUGAAGAUGACACACGUCUGUCACACAGCAGCCAUAUUGGUCUUACACCCUGAAGAUUACUCCAAAGAACAAGUGUCAAACUCAAAAGGUACCCGACUGUUGCUCAUGAUGCCUCAUUUUGACAUUAAAACCUUGCUGGGAGAAUUUGGGUUUUUUUGUUACUUGAAAUAAAAUAUUCUAUACAAAAUGA